AUGACAUCGCCCGGAGAUGGCACUCCGGUGAAACCUCCGCCGUCCUUCUCCCCCGGCCCAGCGCGAGCCACAUCCAAGUCCCGAUACCCGGAUGGACAAGAGGUCACGCACUCGAUAGACGCCGAGCUGGCGGAGGCUCGGUCACCGUCGUCUCCGACACCUCUGUCGGCCACGACCGCUGAGCUGCCAAUCCGGUCAGCGUCGCCGCAUGCCCGCUCUGUCAGAUCGUCCACCCCGCAAUUAGCUCGCUCGUCGCUUGGGUCGCCCUUUGAUGGACGUUUUGAUGGCUCGGAGGAUAUCAGAUCGUUAAUAAUACGCGCCUUCUCACCUACUGUCACCGUUCACGCUUCCGAGGACACCGAUGAAUUGGUUAGGAAUAAGGGGUUCAGAGGGGGCUUUUGCGAGUUGAUUCGACCUUUUGGGGAAACUGUGCCAGGCAAGGUCAUCAUUCGCGAUAGUGUUGGCUCAAGUCGUGCCUGGGAGGAUUACGGGGUGCGCUUCGUGGAUCUCAAAGGGUUUGGGCGGAGUCCUCCUGGUCGAGAUUCCGCACGAGACUCACCCUUGGCGCAGAUUGAGGAGGUACUGGAGAAACAAUUGAAUUCUGCAGAAGGACCAAUCGGCAGCUCUGUGCCAUCCAAAGACGUGUUGGGAUUCCCUGCCACGACACCAUUGUGCAAGCUGUUCCUGCGGCAGCUUCUGUCCUCUACCUCUGCUGCGCCUCACGAGACAUUCGGCCACCCUGUGGCUAGCGUGAUUACUAUCAGCUCGCGCAACCCAGCGCCCUUGGAGACACUCAGACAGCUCUACGCUGAGAGUAAUACAGGUGACAAACGCUUGCCUGAGUGGGUUAACCAGGAAUACCUUCGAUAUUACGUCUUGAUACACGACGAAGAGCGCGAUGAUAUCACGGAGUCCACCAAACUGUAUGAUCAGAUGAAGCGGCAUUUCGGCUUACAUUGUCAUCUCUUGAGACUCCGAAGUAGCCAAUGUGUCGUGACGGAUGAUGACAGUGUCCAAGUGCCACAAUGCGAAUGGUUGUCCCCCCAAAGAACGGUUAUCCGGGAGACAUUAGUGGACCUUGGUACAGAUGAUACUCCCUACCUCUUCGAUUCUGAUGCGACCGCGAUCAGGUCCUUCAUUCGUGAACUCAUUGUACAGUCCGUGAUUCCUUUCAUGGAGAACCGAGUAGCCGUCUGGAACGACCAAGUAGCAUCUCGAAGGCGAGGCAUAAGUGGCCGCUUCAUGUCCAUGUCCCGACGAUGGGCCGGUUUUGGCUCAGGUUCGCGAUCGGGUAUUGGGGGAUCAUCGGGUAGUGGAAGUGGGAACUACGAUUCGGACCAACAUUUCUAUAGCCCGGAUUCCCCAGAGGCUAUCCUGCGAAAGAUGGCUGAUUUUGCGGUCAUGCUCCGUGAUUGGAAGCUGUCUGCUUCGACUUAUGAAAUGAUCCGAUCCGACUUUGGCAAUGACAAAGCGUGGAAGUAUCACGCUGCGGCCCACGAAAUGUGUGCAGUGAGCACACUGCUGAACCCCAUGGCAAUGUCAGCCAAAAUCAAGCUCGAGAGUGUUGACCAGAUGUUUGAGACUGCCUGUUACUCCUAUCUCACACGAUGCUCUGACCCGACUCACGCGCUACGGUGUCUCGCCCUGGCCGUCGAGCUUCUCAAGUCUCGGGGUGGAUCUGCCACCGAGAGUGCCGCCAGGUGGGCUAUGCGGGUCAUGGACUUCGGCCUGGUCGGCUCGGUCGGUCAAAUCCUCUUCAUGGAGCGGGUGGCAGCUUGCUACGCAUCCAAAACUCCUGCCGGCGGAGCCAAAUGGGGAGCGCGUCGCCGCAAAGCCGGCAUGUGGAGUCUGUUUGCUGCCGACCAAUGGCUCAAACUCGGGAAGCCCAACCUGGCAUCAGCCUGCGUCGAGGAAGCCGAGCGUCUAUAUGGCGAGGUGCUUGAGACCGACGGUAUCUUCCCGAUGCCCGAGAUGCAAACCUUCGUCGACAACUUGCGGCAUGCAGUGAAGGUCGAGUAUCUCGAGGCAAGAGGCUUCGAUGCACGCGAUGAGCCGGCCACAGAAGACCCGCUUGACACCGAGGAGACCAGCGAGAAGCUCGAAAAAAUCGAUAAGCGUAACCAUCGUCGCUCUCUUAUCGGACUUCCUGGGCAACUGGAUGCAGGAAACCUCAAAAUGACCGCAACGGUGAGGGACUCUGAGAACUCGCCUAACGAUGACUUUGAACGAGCCUAG